AUGUCAGUCCACCAAUCCAGAGACCAACUGGUCCUAUUCCCCACCCCAUCAGCCGACCCCAACGAUCCCCUUAAUUGGUCCAAAGCUCGCAAAAUCCUCAAUUUCACCCUAGUCAGCUUCUUUGUGCUAUGGACUUUCGUACAGCUCGACAUCAGCUUCACAGCAUGGGGCCCAAUGGGAUCAGAGCUCAAAUUCCCCCUCGACAUACUAAACGCCAACGCAGCCACCAACUACAGCGGUCUCGCCGUAGGCUGCAUAUUCUUCAUGCCCCUAGUCCACAAGUACGGCCGACGACCAAUCUACAUAGUCAGCGUGGCCCUGCAGUUCGCAGCAUGCAUCUGGCAAGCCAACAUCACCACCGUCGGCGAUCUAAUGGGCAGUGGCGUGAUUUCCGGCAUCGGCGGCGCAAUCAGCGAGGUCAUCGUGCAGAUUACUAUCGCAGACAUGUUCUUCGUGCACCAGCACGCCACUAUGAACGGCUGGUAUGUCAUCAUCCAGUCUACAGGCGCAUUUCUUGGUCCCGUUGCAUCGGGAUACAUCGUGGUGGCACAAGGGUGGAGGUGGAUCUGGUGGUGGUGUGCCAUUUUCUUCGGAGUCACACUACUCUGUGUGAUAUUCCUUUUCGAGGAAUCGAAAUAUGUCCCCGUUAUGAAUGGUCGCGACGUUACGGCGGAUGCACAACACACGGAUGAACCGUCCAAAUCACACAAAGAUGGCGACGUAGCAGAUUCAAAGAAGGGCAGUGAGACGCCCGCUAACCGCGUACAUACCGACCCAGACAUUCAGAUGAAGACGUAUGUCCAGCGCAUGGCCUUGGUGACUCCCACUGAUGAAUCACUGUGGCCGCAUUUCUAUCAACCAAUCGUGGCGCUCUUUACCUUCCCGGCUGUUUCGUAUGCGGCUAUCACAUACGGGUCUGUGAUGAGCUGGUUCGCGAUCAUGACGUCGCUACAGGCAUCUUACAUGAUUGUACCGCCUUAUAACUUCGAUGCUACUGGGGUCGGGCUGAUGAAUGUGGCUCCGUUUGUUGGCGCUCUUCUGGGUUUCCCCUUUGGUGGACAAUUGAGCGAUAAAUCUAUUUUGUGGUUAUCCAAGCGUAAUGGCGGUAUUUACGAACCGGAGAUGCGUCUUUGGCUUGCUCUACCUAUUGCCAUUAUUGGUCCUGGGGGAAUCCUAAUAUUCGGUUUGGGUCUUGCCUAUGGUGCGCAUUGGGCUCUUCUUGCUGUGGGAUUUGGCUUCUUUGGAUUUUCUCUUGCUUCUAUUAGCGGUAUCACGCUUUCGUAUCUCAUGGAUUGCUAUCAAGACAUUAUUGGUGACGCGUUAAUCGGAGUGAUUUUUAUGCGAAACAUCUUCUCGGUGAUUGUACUUUUUGCGUUAACGCCCUGGGUUAAUGGGAUGGGCAUGCGAAACUUGCAUGUUCUGCUUUCAAUUGUCGCGUUUGUGACCCUGUUGAUCCCUAUCCCACUGCUCCUCUGGGGUAAGAAGGCUAGGAUUGCAACGGCGCCGAGUUAUAGGAAAAUGGCGGCAAAUCAGCUUAGCCAUCGGACUAUUUAG